GUGCAGUUUUUCGUCUACUCUAGAUUGGUAAUACAUGCAUUCAUUUUUCGUCGUGACAUCACCCUUUCUUCAAAGAUAACCAUUUUGACAUUUAUUACGACGGAAAUCCUCUAGUUUUCAUUAAACAUCUAUCGUUAGCAUCUUCUGUAUUUUCAUCUAAUCCGACAAAUCGCCAUGUGGUACGUGAUUCUAAGCAUGUUGCUCCUCGGAGCAUUGGCAAGCAGCGAGUACUCAGGGAUGUCUCUGAGGGAUCGAAUCGCCUUGAGGAAUCUUCUUAUGAACAGCAACUACUAUGACUUUCCUCUCGCCCCUUCACAACGUGACCUAGAGAACACAGCGACCAAUUCCAAGGUUGUGAUUCCGCCACUCACUUUCAUCGCAGGUGGCGCCGGAGAGGGCGUCCAGCACCUUGGCGCCGAAGGAGACAUCCCCAACAGGCAGAACCCAAUCCCUGAGGUUUCCAGCCAGUAUGACAAUCCACCAAACCCUUGCCCUCCUGGAGGCGAACUCACAGGGAAAGUGAAAGUCUACUCUAAGGUUCAUCGUCAUCAGGUGUGUGCAUGUGAGAAAGGAUGGGAAGCUGGAGAACGCAGAGACUGUUCAUCAGCCCCUAAGUGUUGCCUCCCUAACAUGCCAAACGAUGCGGAGUUUGUGAACCAGUAUCAGCUAUCAGAACGAUCCCUCAAGAACCGACAACUUUUCACCCAGACAAGGAAUAAGUACUCCGUUGGAGAUAAGCGCUCAGACCAUAUGGCCAAGAAGAGCCCCGUAUACAAGAGGAGUAUCAACUCUUAUCUUCCUGGCGAUAUGGUGCGUCACGUGUCCAAGAAGUCUGCCUAUCCCAUCAGGACCUACGUAAACCCGUACACCUACAACCAACCUCAUCUGAAGUCCGUAGUCGCCAAGAAGGCUCCCGUUUAUUCUGGCGCCAAACCCAUCAUGUAAAGAAUUCUCUCUCAAGAGAUAAACAACCCUCUCCUGUAAUGAUCACAGUUUAUUUGCUUCAUUUAAAUGAAAAUUCGAUUUCCUUCAUUAACUUAGAAUAUAUUUAAGACUCCUAGCGUCGGUUUAAAUUAUACAUUUAAUUGCAUUUGGUGUUAACGUUUUAAUUAAAUUCAAUGUUCAUUUGAUUGAAUAAAUUCAAUAAAAGGAGUUCAAAUUAAUUGUUCUCAGCUAAGAAUAAUAUUUUGUUUGAAGGGUUACAUUGAUGGAUACAGAACAAUCAUAUUUAGUUUGCAAUGGAACAAAUAAGGAGUCUCAAAAUUUAAUUUGAAAGUAAACCCAUUUCGGCCAAUUCUAUAUUCGCCUCUUAUCGAAUAAAGUUUGUUACAUUUGGUACGUGCUGUUAUCUAUAUUUUUAAAAAAGUAUAAGUAUAUUUAACAAUAUGGCAUCUGUAAAAAAUAUCGUAACGGAUUUUACUGUUGUUUAAGUGUAUACAAAAUAUGAUGGUUGAUACAGUUCAGAUACAAAUAUAUUUGUAGAUUUUCUUGUAGUGCUGAUCGUUAAUGAAUAGGUAUUUCUACAUAACUAAGUUUGUAACAUUUCACCCAUUCACUCGAUUUGCACUACAAAUUUACAUUUUUGAUGAUCCCUCUCUUUUACUCUCUCUCUCUCUCUCUCUGUUUUCUUUCCAACUUUACCCCUUUUCUUUUUCUUGUUCUUAUUAUUAUUGUUUUGUUUGCUGCUGUUCUGUUUCAUUUUCUUCUUCUUCUUCUUCUUUUCUUGUUCAUGUCCUACUUCUCCUCCUCCACCUCGUCCUUCUUAUAUUCCUCCGUCAUUAGUUACUCUAUGUAAUAAAAUAUCUUCGGCAAAAAUUAAAAUGUUAAACUAUAUCAAAUUCAACAGUGUGCAUCUGUCAAAUAGUGCAUUAAAAAAUGAUGUAUUCUAAUUUAGUCGAUGCUCACUUACAAUAUGAAGAAGUAAUGUUCCUACAGUUUAAUUCAUCACAUUCAUUCUGUUAAAUAGCUUAAUAUAUUAUCACAUAUUUUGAUUUCAAGUGGAUUUAGCGCCUUAUAAAUGUCAUAUAUUUAUGUUUAUUAUUAUUAUUAUUUUAUUAUUAUUGUCAUUAUUGUUAUUAUUAUUAUCAUCAUCAUUUUUAUUAUUUUAGAACGCUGUGGGUCGGUUUGGUUAGGCUGAUAGAAGUUUUUUAAUGUGGGGAUUUGUGAAUUGAUUGAUAGUUUCUUAAUGACCUAGUUGCCCGAACACUUGGGCUGUAACACUCUGUAUAUUCCCUCUCUUAAAUUCAUCGAAAAAAUAUACUCUGUUGUAUAGCUCAUAAAGUCGAAAAUAGGAAUGUUUAUAAUAUUAUAUACGUAGUAGUUCUUAAUUUGUAAUGUUUCUUUUUUUUCUAUCUCGCUUUUAUUCUGGUAUAUUCGCUAAAACGGUUGUUAUAUCUUAAGAUAAAGGAGGUUUUCAAAAUGACUCAAAUAAUCAUAGUAAAUAUAGACAAACCUGCUUCAUGUUCAAGCAGGAGCUCAAAACUUCAAGAUAAUAUAAUAAAAUACUAGAAUAUAUAUAUACAUGUACAGUACACGUCGCUUAUCGUGUGUAUCUUACUUGAAAACAUAUCUUUUAUUCGCAAAUGUAAAUAAAAUUAUAUUGUGAAGAGUAUCGUAGGAAUAUGUGUACAUAUUAAUGUAGACAUGUACGUGAAUAUAAUACAAACUAUCACAUGAAUCUAGUUUAUACUUGAAACAAGUAUUCUCCCGAAAAAAAAAAUGCAAUACACAAAAUAGCCUUAUGCAAAAUCACUUCCCCAUUUCUUUUCUAAAUGCAUGCCAGUAAACCUUUUUGAUUAUAAUGAUACCAAAUUAAAUACGAAAAAUAUAGAUUAUUAUCAUAAAAUAAGAUCCCAUAUUUCUGUUUAGAAAUUUUUAUAUCGAAUCGAAAUUUCUUAUAAAAAAUGUAAUAUUUCCAAAAAAGUUGGCCCAAAGAAUAAUUACUAAUUGGACUAAUGAUAAAGAUUGAUGCGUGUAUCCAUCACAUUAAUGUGGUUUAAUGUAAUGAUAAUGAGUUUCAGCGAUUGUUCUUCUCUGUGCAAAGCCACCGGAGAGACAGGUUACAGGGGAAAAACAGCGAAAAUAAUUUGAAUAAUUGUUCGCUUUUCAUUAUGACAAAUACUUUUUGUCACCUCUUGAUAAUAAGAAUAUAAUCAAUUUUAUUUCUGUGGGCUUUCAGAUUGUUAAUAUGUUUCACAUAAACCUGUUGUUUCAUACAGACCCAGUUUCAAAUACAAGUAUGGGACACCAUCAUCGUCAAUGAGAGCAAAUAAUAGUUUUUAAACCCUUUAUAGACGUUCCUGAAUGGUCGAAAGUAACAUUGUUUCGAUGAAUAUUGUUGAGUGAUUGUUAAAAUUUUGGUUUUAGAAUAUCGAUAUUCAAUUUUUUUAAAGUAAAGUGUAUUUAAGACAACAAAGAUCUAGUUAUGAACAUUCAUAAGACAGUCACCACGCAAAAAGAUAUUUACAAAAAAAUUGCACUAUUUAAUAAAGCCCCCUCACAAUAAA